CAAUAGCCUUGGUCCACCAAUCAAAUCCAUAUCCGAUUGGAAAAAAGUAUGGCUCGACAAAAAAAAAUAUAUUCGGAACAAAAUGUCAGAAAAUAUAAAAAAUAAAAAAGCUACCGGAGGAGGUCAAUUUAAGGAACACAAAUUUUCGCGUUUGGAGGAAACCAUCAUCAGAAUAUGUUCCAUGAAGGAUUCGAUAGAAGGUUGCCGAAAUGCAUCUUCAUUUGGAUUACCUUCGUGUAGUAAAAAAAGGAAAAUGGGCAACCAAGAUAAAGAAAACGUUCCCUCACUUCAAGCAAGUUUGGAAUGUGUUCUUGACUUCGAUGAAAGUCAUUCUAAGUCUCCAGUAGAUCGUCAACAAAUUGAACCAGAACCCCAGCCUGUCGCUGAUGACAUUAUGAAUUCAAGCAAAUCGUCAAAAAAAAGAAAAUCAUUUAAUACGACGAACCCAGAAUAUCUAGAACAAGAGCUUUCUAUUCAAAAAGAGAUUUGCACUAAAAUAGGAAAAGCCGUCGAUUUUCUGGAAAGUCAUCAAGAGGAAUUUUCUCAAAAAGUACAAAAAAUUUACCGAUCUAUAGAUAGGCUCUAUGAUCAGCAAAAACUUAUGUUGAAAGAAAUGUGUCGCCAUAAAAUCCAAUUGGAACAGCAAAAACAACAAAAGUUUGAAGAAAUUAAACGCCACAAUAACAAAAUGGAAAACUUGAGACUCAAAGAAAUUGAAUCGAAGAUAAAAUUUAAAGAGGACCUCAUUCAAAUUGAGGAAGAAAAGCUCCGAAAGAUGCAAUAA